GAACAAACAAACGAAAUGAACUAAAAGUAAAAAAAAAAAAGGCUCAAAAGAAAAGGAAAAAUAAAAUAAAAUCAAAAGGAAAAGUUAUAUCGCAGCUGGUGCCUCUCUGUCCGUGCUUGCUCCGCGUCUUUUUCUCCCAAUACCCAGUUUCCGACGACACCCAUUACUCAAGGGGCCGUGAGGUGGAUUGUUAUAGGAAAUGGAGGUGGAAGAAUGAAGGCUGGCUCCACCAAUUGAACUGAGUCUUCAACUUCUAAAAUUGUCAAAGUCCUUUUGGAACUCCAAACACAAAGGCUGGUUCUUUAUCUUAAUCUCCGGAGGAAGUCUGGCUUGAUUUUGUAUGUAAAGCAGGGAAUAUCCAGAUAGCUAUUUGUAAUCCACUCCCACUAGCAGGAGAAAAGGGUUACAAAUGGUGUAAGAAAGUAAUAGUUUAUGAGUUUUCUUGAUGGUUCUGUUCCUCUAUCUGUUUGGUUUCUAUUGACGGGGAGAUACUUCAGAUGACCUACCAGAUGCAACUCUCUAGGAUAUGAAUAUGAUUGAUCAAUUCAUCAAUUUUGUCAUUCGCCCUCCCAGGGCGGAUUAUAACCCAGAUCAGUAUUUAUGGGAGAGGGAUUUCACUCUUGCCAGUAGAGCAUACAAGAGACAAGACUUGGAGCUCACUAAUGCAAGGGGUCAUACCUUACGCUGUAGCCAUUAUGUGCCUUCACCGUUCCCUGAAGACACCCCUCUUCCAUGUGUUAUAUAUUGCCAUGGGAACAGUGGAUGCAGGGCGGAUGCGAAUGAGGCUGCAGUAAUUCUUCUUCCCUCAAAUAUUACUGUUUUUACUCUUGAUUUUUCGGGUUCCGGUUUAUCUGAUGGUGACUAUGUCAGCCUUGGUUGGCAUGAGAGAGAUGACCUCAAGGUUGUGAUUUCGUAUCUAAGAAGCAACCAACAAAUAUCAUGUAUAGGCCUCUGGGGACGAUCAAUGGGGGCAGUUACUUGCCUUCUUUAUGGAGCAGAAGACCCAUCCAUUGCUGGAAUGGUGUUGGAUAGUGCCUUCUCAAAUUUAUUUGAUUUAAUGAUGGAACUUGUGGAUGUGUACAAAAUUCGGCUUCCAAAAUUUACAGUAAAGAUGGCAGUACAGUACAUGCGGCGAAUAAUUCAAAAGAAAGCAAAAUUUGAUAUCAUGGAUCUUAACUGCCUAAAGGUUGCACCCAAAACAUUCAUUCCUGCUUUGUUUGGACAUGCUAGUGACGACAAAUUCAUUCAGUCCCACCAUUCUGACCUCAUCUUUAAGGCCUAUGCAGGGGAUAAAAAUAUGAUAAAGUUUGAUGGUGAUCACAACUCCUCUCGACCACAGUUUUAUUACGAUUCAGUUUCCAUUUUCUUCUUCAACGUUCUUCACCCUCCUCAAAGUUCUUGUUCUUCGAGUAAGCUUGACAAGUACUACAAUUUGGCCGAUUUGAAGGUUGGUGCUGGCGUAGAUGAGAGCCUCUUGUGUGAGAUAAUCACUGGCAUCGGUUCAGCCUGUACUGAUGCUGCGAGUUCAUCUUCUGCACCUCCUAGCAUUCCAAAUGUAAAACCUGUUACCGAACUUCUUGCUGAAGUCAUGCCUGUUACUAGCAUAGAAGUGGACAGUGUGGUCAAUGAAAGUGACAGCCUUAGCAAUGAUGAGCCAUCAAAGUUGCAGGAUAAGCCAAAUGGUCAGAGUGAGGAAUGCUGUUCAUAUACCAGCUCAAAUAGAGAGAGUUGGGGAAGAUGCUCUUCUCUGGGAGGCAGUGACGAAGAAUCAUCUGCUGACUGCAGAGCUGCUGACAAUGGCGAUGAGACGACUGUGAAAGCUUUUGCAACGCCUUCAAGAAGCACACAACAGAAAUCCCUAAAGCCACCAAAAGAAGAAAAGAAAAAGAACAAGAAAAUAACAGUUCCAAAGAAGCUCAAGGGUGAGAAGCUUGAAAAGCUUGAAGCAUUUAGUAAGCGGUUGCGCCAUUGCAUUCUGAAGCGAGUAAACCAUCAGAGACAUCACACUUCAUGACAUCUGCACAGGAACAUGUUUAUAAUUGUAACUUUGAAGUCAUUGCCAAUAUUAUGUUAUGUGAUUAUGUUUCCCAUGAUAUUCAGUUCUAGUUAGUAGAUAUUGGUUCUUUUAUGACUACUAGGUAAAUUGUGGCCAAACUUGUUAAUUGAGCCUCCUCUGCAAUUGCAUCGCUGCACCUAUUAAAGGCAUAGGAAUACCUUGAAUAAUUAUAAUUAAGGUUUUCAAUGGCUAAA